CAUUUCAAUAAAGUUUGUCUAUACUUCUGUUGCCUGAGUAUUUCGUAUGGAUAUAGUAAGUGAGGUGUGGAAGGGUUAUUGGUACUGAGGGUGGAGUGGCACUCUGCAGGGGAGCAGCAGUGCAGCAGUCAUGGGUCACUGCCGGGAAGGGAGGGGACAGUACCUGGCAGGGAGAAGAGAGAGGGGCGGAAUAUUCUCAGGUGAACAAUCUACCUCAGGCUUGUACAGCUCCAUUCCCACGUCUUAACCUGCCCUGCCUACAGUAAAGGAUGUGACGCGGCCAACCCAGCCUGUGGUGGUCUGGGUAUGGAUGAGAAAGAAUUUGAAGAGAUCUUGAAUUUUGUUUCUAAGAGUAAGUAUCCAGAAAAUAUUAAAAGCAAGGACAGCAGAAGCAACUGGCGGAAAAAAUGCCGUCCAUUCACCUGCUGCAAAGAUGAGCUUUUCUACAAUCACAAAAAGUAUGGAUCCUUACUGGUGGUGAAAGGCAUUAAGGAGAAGAAGAGGAUCAUUGAAUCCAGCCACCUGCAGCAUGACGGCCGCCACCAUGGCAUAAACAGAACUCUCAAGAAGAUCAGCACCAACUACUACUGGCGCACCAUUGCCAAGGAUGUACACAGCUAUGUCAAGGUGGAAUGUGCAGUGUGUGUGGGGCAGGCUGCUGCUGCUGCUGCAACUGGGGUGCAGCAGGGGUCCAGGGAGGGGAUGGAGGGGGUGGAGCGUGCCAAGGACAGGAUUGUGGAUCGAGCCAUGGAGCAAAUUGGUCUUGAUGUCAUUGGCACCAUCUUAGAGCCUGGGGCACCCUCUCCUCCCCCACCAAGCAAUGCUUUCAAGUGUGAGGCAGUGCCUACCCCCACUUCCACCCUGGCCCUCCCCAUUCCCAGUGAGCAGGCCAUGGUCCGCUGUGGCCUGGACCUGCUAGGGCCACUUGCUGAGACCCACAAGGGCAGGCGGUUCAUUGCAGUCUUGACAGACAGUGCUACAGGCUGGGCAGAGGCCAUGGCUCUGACAGAGGCCACCACGGAGGCCGUUGGGGCCUUCCUGGCUGAGGUGGUGGGCCGCCAUGGAGCAGUGGAGGAGCUGCUGGCCCGGCCCAGUCAAGAAGAAUUUUGUGUUCGUCUCAGUGAACGUAUUUUUGCACUCAUGGGCCUGAGUGUACGUGUGUUGGGUGUUGUGGACUCCCCAGGAAGCUGGCACAACAGCCUGCUGUGUGGUGCUCUCACGAGGCUCAGCGACACCCACCGCUACACUUGGGACCUGCUCCUGCCACCGGCCCUCCUCUCAUACCGCUCCUUUCCCCAGAACAGCCGGGCAGCCUGUCCCUUCACACUGUUGUACGGCCGACCGGUGCGCCUGCCGUCCCUCGCCCCGCCCCUCCCACCGUCAGGGUCACAGGAUGAGGUGACUGUCCUGGUGGAGCACAUGGCUGAAUACAUCAAGGGUCUGGCUGGUCCCCCUCACCACUUCACUCCAUCCACAAAUCAAACAGGAAGCCAGUUUUCUCCAACAUUCCAGGCCCCCAACACAGGCCCAUUUCCCCCAACUGUUGUCUCACCCAGCACUCCUGCCAGCCAGCCACCAGCUGCCCCUAUCUUGUCCACCACACACAAUACAGCCAUGUACACCAUCCCUGCCACCACAGGCAUCAGCACACACACCAUGUGUGCACCUCCACCACCACUGCCAGCACCACCACCACCUCCUACAGCCACACCCACCGCUGGCUCAUUGAUUGUCUCCACCUCAGCCACCAGUCUUCCAGUGCACACAGCCACAGAUGCACAUACCAGCCACAUGGUCAUGAUACACACAGAUGGGAAAGCAUACACAGACUCUUUCUAUGUAAUCUGUCCACAGUGAAUGAAUGUGUGUGUGUGUGUGUGUGUGUGUGUGUGUGUGUAUUCACCUAGUUGUAAUUUUACAGGGCCUGGGUAUCAUACUCGUGUGGCCCCGUCUCCAUAUCUACACACAUCCAACUUUCCUU